AGAUUAAGUAUAUUUAUGAAAUAACGUGUCAGCUGUCAAGUGUCGAUGCGAAUUGAGAUAACAUUUUUGUUUUUUAACAAAGUUGUGUUCUGUGGUUGCAUUUCGUUUGUAUAAACCCUUAUCGAAUUUUAUAAUGAAUUAUGAGUUUUCGAUUAAAAUGUUAUCAAGAAAUACGUUUUGAAAGCAGAUGUGACAUACGAUAACAUUGCCCGUUAUUAUAAAUAAGACAAUGGGUAAAAGAAAUAAAAAUCGAAACGAAGUUCCGGAUGCAGAACAAAAUAAUGAACAAAGUAAUAGUGUAAUAAUUCCAAAUGACAAUGAACCUCAAAAUAGCACUGAAACAAAUAAACAAAAAAAGAAAAAGAAAUCAAAUGUAAACGUGCAAAACAGCAACAACGGAUCUAAAAAACCAAAGAAAAUUAAAUUUGGUGACGAUGGUGAAGUAGUGGAAGAAUCGCAUGAAGAUGCUAGUGUUAGUGAAGAAGUGAAUAAGAAAGAUGACACAUCACUAAGAAAUAUUAACGAAAAUUAUAUUAAAGAUGAAGACAUCGAUCAGUUCUGUGAUGAAGUUGAUGAAGAAGAUAAUAAGCAGUAUGAAAGUUGGAUAGCAUUACUUGAAGAAAAAUUAGGGGGGACCAAGACGAAAGUUAAGAAUAAAAGUAAAACAAAAUAAAUUUGUCUUUUAGU